AUGAGCGUUGAAGAGGUUGCCCAAGCCAAGAACGCUGUGGAAUUCUCGAGAGAGAACCUCGAGAGUGUCCUGAAGAGAAGAUUCUUUUUCGCCCCAUCUUUUGAGUUGUAUGGUGGUGUUUCAGGGCUGUAUGACUACGGUCCUCCGGGCUGUGCCUUCCAGGCCAACGUCAUCGAUGUGUGGAGAAAACACUUUAUCCUGGAAGAAGACAUGCUAGAGGUGGACUGCUCCAUGUUGACUCCAUACGAGGUUUUGAAGACCUCCGGUCACGUUGACAAGUUCUCUGACUGGAUGUGCAGAGACUUGAAGACUGGUGAGAUUUUCAGAGCUGACCACUUGGUCGAGGAAGUUUUGGAAUCCCGUUUAAAGGGCGACCAAGAAGCCCGUGGUUUGACAAAGGACGCCAACGCCAAUGCCCAGGAGGACGCCGACAAGAAGAAGAGAAAGAAGAAGGUCAAGGAAAUCAAGGCCGUUAAGCUCGAUGACAACGUUGUCAAGGAGUACGAGGAAAUCUUGGCUAAAAUUGAUGGAUACUCCGGCCAGGAAUUGGGUGAGCUGAUGAUUAAGUACAACAUCGGUAACCCUGUGACUGGGGAGGCCUUGGAGCCCCCAAUGGCCUUCAACCUUAUGUUCGAGACUGCCAUUGGUCCUUCCGGCCAGCUAAAGGGUUACUUGAGACCUGAAACUGCCCAAGGUCAGUUUUUGAACUUCAACAAGCUCUUGGAAUUUAACAACCACAAGACUCCAUUUGCUUCUGCAUCCAUUGGUAAGUCCUUCAGAAACGAAAUCUCUCCUAGAUCAGGCUUACUGAGAGUUCGUGAAUUUCUGAUGGCAGAGAUUGAGCACUUUGUCGACCCUCUAAACAAGACUCACCCUCGUUUCGACGAGGUCAAAAACAUCAAGCUGAGAUUUUUGCCUCGUGAGGUCCAGCAGUCCGGUUCAACUGAGCCUAUCGAAACAACGAUUGAGGACGCCGUUGCCACUAAAAUGGUCGACAACCAAACUUUGGGUUACUUCAUCGCUAGAAUCUACUCCUUCUUAAUGGCCAUUGGUGUGGACUCUAACAAGCUGAGAUUCCGUCAACACAUGGCUAACGAAAUGGCCCACUACGCUGCCGACUGUUGGGAUGCGGAAUUGAAGACCUCUUACGGUUGGAUCGAGUGUGUCGGUUGUGCGGACAGAUCUGCUUACGACUUGACUGUCCACGCCAACAAGACCAAAGAAAAGUUAGUUGUGAGACAAAAACUAGAGGAGCCUGUCCAAGUCACCAAAUGGGAGAUUGAAUUGACCAAGAAGCUUUUCGGCCCUAAGUUCAGAAAAGACGCGCCAAAGGUUGAGAGCUUCCUGUUGAACCUAUCACAAGAGGAGUUGGAGGCCAAGGCGAAGGAGCUAAAGGCCGGCGGGAAGAUUGUUUUCGAGGUCGAAGGCAUGGACAGCCAAAUCGAGUUGGAUGACAAGUUUGUCUCCAUUGAGCAAGUUACCAGAACAGAACACGUCAGAGAGUUUGUUCCUAACGUCAUUGAGCCCUCCUUCGGUAUCGGCCGUAUCAUCUACUCUGUGUUCGAGCACGUUUUCUGGUCUAGGCCAGAGGACUCCGCCAGAGCUGUGCUUUCUUUCCCACCUUUGGUGGCUCCUACCAAGGUUCUUUUGGUGCCCUUGUCAAACCACCCAGACUUGAGCUCUGUUGCUCACCAAGUUUCCAAGGUCUUCAGAAAAGAGAAGAUUCCUUUCAAGGUGGACGACUCUGGUGUGUCUAUUGGUAAGAGAUAUUCCCGUAACGACGAGUUGGGUACACCAUUCGGCGUCACCAUCGAUUUUGAGUCUGCUAAGGACGGCACUGUCACCUUGAGAGAAAGAGAUUCCACCAAGCAGGUCAGAGGUACUGUCGAAGAAGUGGUCAAGGCCAUCCGUGACAUUACCUACAACGGUGUUACAUGGGAAGAAGGUACCAAAUCCCUAAAACCUUUCGAAACUCAAUCCGAGUAG